AUGCAAAUGGAAUACGAAAUAACAGGAAAAAAUGAUGAAUUUGGAGAUGAUACUUGUGCAAAAGAAUCAUCACAUUUCGAGCAAGCAUCUGAUUUUUUUUCUCGGUUAAAAAUAUUGUUGGAAGAUGCACAUCAUAUCGAAACGAAUAAUGAAGAUGACAUUGAGCAGGAGAUAAAUUUAACAAAUUUGAUUGAUUUGAUUAAUCCAUAUCAAGAGCAACCAUUUCUUUUAGAUCCACAUUUAGAGAAUAUGGUCAAGCCUGUUAUUGAAUUACUUCGAACUUAUAUAAAAACUAUCAAUGUACAAGGAUUUGUGUUUUCGAAGGAUGCACAAAAUAAACCUGAAUUUAUUCAGAUGCCUAAAAAAAUAAAAAGACUUUUUAAAUUAUUAUAUUAUCUGAUGAAAAUUCGUGGAUAUAAAACUAUUGGUAAAAUACAUGAUUCUAAGGAUUAUACCGGUUGGGAGACAAGAUAUGUAUUGUUAAUAUGGUUAUCACUAAUUUGUAUGGUUCCUUUCGAUUUAAAGACUGUUGACAGUCUAGCUGCUGCUGAAGAAAAUAAGUUUCCUCUUGUGGAUCAUAUGAUUGAGUUGUCAAAGUUUUAUUUAAAGGCUACUGGUAAAGAAAGAGAUGGUGCGGCAGUGUUUUUGUCUCGUUUAUUAACAAGACGAGAUAUUGCCGAAUUAUAUCUUGCAAAUUAUAUUAAAUGGGCACAAGAUGAAGUUAAAAAUGACAAGGAUGUGUUUACGAUUACCGGUAUUAUCACGUCCCUUUGUGCCAUUUAUAAACUUGGUCAAAGGCAAACAUUAUUACCAACGUUAGAAUCUGUACUACCGUGCCUUAACUUACUUGAAGGAAAUCAAUCAUUUGUGAAUAAUACACUUAUUAGAAAAUUAUUAGUCAAAUUGGCACAAAGGAUUGGUUUAUGCUAUCUAAAACCAAAAGUGGCUUCUUGGAGAUAUCAUAGGGGUAGUAGGUCACUUAAGGAUAAUUUGAAUGCACUAUCAAAAUCAACAACUAUUGAUCCUUCAAAUGUGCACCAAUCUUUGGAAGAUGAAAAAGAUGAAGAUGAUGAAGUACCUGAACAGCUCGAAGAGAUCAUAGAAAUUUUAUUGAAUGGUCUGCGUAGUAAGGACACAGUCGUGCGUUGGUCUGCUGCUAAAGGCAUAGGGCGAAUCGCACAACGGUUACCACAGGAACUUGCUGAUGAUGUGAUCGGUUCUUUAUUUGAAUUGUUCUCCGAAAAUACAUAUAAAAAUAAUGAUAUAUUAGAAUUGUCUGCAGUAUCUGACCAUACCUGGCAUGGUGUAUGCUUAGCUAUAGCUGAAUUAGCAAGAAGGGGAUUAUUAUUACCAGAGAGACUAUCUGAAGUCAUUCCCUGGGUUACCAAGGCAUUAAAAUUUGACCAGAAACGUGGUUCUCAUUCGAUUGGUGCUCAUGUACGGGAUGCCGCUUGUUAUGUUUGUUGGUCUUUUGCUCGUGCCUAUGCACCUGAAAUUAUCGCACCAUAUGUAGUCGAGUUAGCAAAUAAUCUCGUUGUAGUAUCUGUAUUUGAUCGUGAAGUGAACGUUAGACGUGCUAGCAGCGCCGCUUUUCAAGAGAAUGUUGGUCGUCAGGGUAUUUUUCCUCAUGGCAUAGAAAUUAUUACCACAGCUGACUAUUUUACCGUUGGUAAUAGGGUUAAUGCUUUUCUUGACAUAAGUGUGAAAAUUGCAAAGUUUGUAGAAUAUAGAUAUAAUCUGAUUGAUCAUCUAAGUAAACAAACAAUAUCUAAUUGGGACAAAAGCAUGAGGGUACUAGGAGCUAAAGCUUUACACAAUCUUGCAUCUCUUGAUCUCGACUAUUUCAUCAAUAAUGUUUUACCAUUCUUGAUUCCUCAAGCUUUAUCCUUUGACGUACAUACAAGGCAUGGUGCUUUAUUAGCAAUAGGAGAAAUAUGUUUGGCUUGGUCAAAUUUACAAAAUGACGAUGAAAGCUGGAUUGAGAGGCAUAAAGAUUUAAUUAAAAACAUAGCCAAUAUAGUCGGAUCUCUUCCUGAGCAUGCAUUUACAGAUUUUGGGUCGGAAGUUACAGUUCAAGCGGCAGUAAGUCAUAUCUCUAGCUUAGCUAAAGCUAGAUGGCCUGUAACUGAUGAAGUUUUGAACAAAUGGAAAAGUGUAGUUUAUGAUCUUCUCAGCAGAAAAGAUGAAAUUGGGCAAGAAAUUGCUGUACAUGCUGUUGAAGCACUUGUGGCUCAACAUGGAAUUGAUGAAUCAGAAUUGGAUAUAUAUCCUUCCAAUAAAAGAGAUUAUUUAUUGUGUUUUACACUUGCUCUGGGUGUUAUAGAAUAUUAUAAGAUUCCGGAAUGUUUGGAUCGUGCAAUUGAGUCCCUAAUUUUAUCUUCAGAGAUACAGGAAACUAAAGUAUGGAAUGAUCCAGAAACUCGAAGAAAUGCGAUUAUUUCAUUAGCAAAGAUAUCUAAAAAAUUUGGUGAUUCGUUUAAAACAGUGGUUUCUAAACCCAUUUUUGAUAAAAUUAUCAAUGCUUAUUUCAUUGGUCUCGAAGAUUAUAGUACAGAUCAGCGAGGAGAUGUUGGAUCUUGGGUUCGUGAAGCUUGUAUGAAUGGAUUUUCUGAAAUUUGUCCACUUAUUGCACGAUUGGACUUAAAUGAUCCCGGUUGUGAACCAUGGUUGUCAAAUGAAUUAAGUAUAAGGAUCUUUUCUAAAUUAUUAAAACAAAGUGUUGAGAGAAUUGAUAAAAUCAGAUCUUGUGCUGGCCGAGUAUUAUUGGAAUUUCUAUAUAUGAAGGUUCUUUCAGGAAAUGAAGAAGUGUAUCUAUUUAAUUUGCCUGCUCGCGAAAUUUUACAAAAUAUCUUGCCAAAAGAUGAAGAGAUCCACUGGACCUCUCCAUUAGAACUGUACCCUAGGAUGGUCAAAUUACUCGCAUUAAAAGAAUAUAGAUUUGAUUUACUUGUUGGAUUAGUAAUUGCAGCUGGUGGUAUAAAUGAAUCCUUGGUUCGUUAUUCAAGUAGUGCGUUACUUGAUUAUGCAAAUGAACUCCCCGUUACAUCACCCGAAAAUUCAUCAUUAUCAUUGACGGAAUUUGCAAAUGAACUAUUAAACAUAUUUCGUCACAAUAAAAAACAAGAUCGUAUAACUAUUCCUUUAUUGGAAGUUUUGGAUUUAUUAUUAGAAUCUGGAACUUUACAAAAAAUUAAUUCGGACUUUUUCAGGCAUAUAAGAAAAAUCACAGCCUGUAUGCGAAUUCUUUGUGGAAUGACAUCGUUAAGUGGUACGGUGCGAAAUCGUUCUUUAUAUCAAUUACUUAGUUUAUUAGUACAUCCUUUUCCAAAGGUUCGAAGAUCGACUGCAGAUCAGUUGUAUUUAACACUUACCGGGUCAAUAGAAGAUGAAUCAGAGGAAAUGUCAACGAUUGAAGAUAUUUUAGUCAAUACUGAUUGGGAUAGUCCUGUACCUCAAUUAAAGGAACUUAGAAAUCAACUUUAUCCUUUAUUAGGACUGAAACAACCCAAUUUUAAAAAGCCUGACACUAAUACAACCUCAACAUCCUAA